GGAAGCACCUAACAAACCGAAGCUCAUCGACGUUUAGAAGACAACAGAAACUUCAUUUGGUGCAUCACCAAAACAGCUGACUACACAGGUACAACAUCAACUGGACGGUACCUUGGCUUACUAAGCUUCCAAAGUUGCAUGUCCAUCUCACGUCUUUUUCAUCCGACGAUCUACGCAAAUGCGCAUACUUGUUUCAUACAUCUUUUGCGCAUAUUCGGACGCCGGCACUUCCCCUUCGAAACAUAAGCAGCUAGGUAGCUGUCCGUGGUUAUUAUUUUUAAUUAGGCAGACACCUACCUAGGUUAGGUACCUAGAUAUUACGUCAAAUACGACAAGUCAACCCCCAAAAUCUUCACAAUAGCCACUAUAUUCCUCGAUUGUCACUGUCACACGAUGUUGAUUCACGCCGCAUAGUAGAUAGAACAAAAUCUACUACUACACUUCUCGACGACAUCACCAACCUAUUUAACGAAAAGAAGGCAAAAUAGGCUCAACUUAAAAUCCCUUUAAUACCUCGAAACAACUCCUACACCAUCCCACCAUGUUCCCAACCUUUACAGGCACUUCGAGACGGCCGCGAAAUGUCAACCUGAGCGGCCAGCGGAAUACAAACCCUUGGGCCACCUCAAGUUGGUCACCCUCCGGUUCUGGCGCCUCUAAAACCGUAGCGCAGGCACAAAUCGAACGUGAAAGAAGACAGAGGGAACGUGACGAGUUGAAUGCUGCUAAAAGACUUCAAAGGCUGUGGAGGGGCUAUAAAGACCGACGAAACUUCAAGCAGGCAUGUCGAGGAGAGUUUGAUGCUCUAUACAGUCAACCUCCGAAUCAUGACCCUUCAACUCGAGUGAUUAGUGCCCUGUCCCUUAUUCAUAUUCUAUUCGACCCAGCACGAGCAGACGACCAGAAACGUUUGGACUUGCUAGUUCAGGAUUUAAUUACUCUAAACUUCCAUCCGAACCUGGAUCUCUUCAGCCCUAAUUCUUUGGAUCGACUAGCUGUGCUUAUUGUAGGAGCUCUCGAACGCCAAUCAGCUAGUUCAUCAUUAGAUCUUCUCCGACUCCUAGUUCUCAUUAUCAAAAACCGACCCCAUUCUAUUACCCCCGUCUUACAUCGAUAUUAUAAGCUCCUCUCCACGUAUUCUAAACAGAAUGUUCAGGGGGAUACCAACUCAAUACUAGACUCGGAUGUGGUGGCUGAAGCAGCUACAGCCCCUCUCAUACCACAUACACAAGGAGCGUCUGUAUUGUCAGCUUAUCAAGCUUUCGCAUUCUCGUUCCUUACUUCACCAAACCUUCUAUCCCUACAGCAAGAUCCUACACGGAUAGCAAGCCAUGUAGAUCUUCAACUUUUAUCGCAGAGUAUCGUGGAUACUAUCUCGGAACAUAACCAUGUCGGCACCCUGUCAAAGAACGGCGCUUUCUGCCUCUUGGCCCAUUUUAUUGCUUUGAAUAGGGUAGCUUCUUCUACCUACGGGUUUAAAUACCUUGAAGCGCUCUAUCUCCAGCUCUCCAUCCUUGUUGAUGACAUUCGCGUACGAUAUGAUAGACACGGUGCGAGCAAUGAGGCCGAUGGUGACAAUGGCGAUAUCUCUGAACACGAGGGUGAUGACGUCGAAGAUUCUACACCAUUAUCCACUUGGGCACUCAGCCAGCUAGAUUUCCUCGUAGAUGAGGACGGUAUCUCUGAUCUGCUAAGUAGAUUUACUUCUACCGCAGUCUGUCCCGGCCGUCUUUCCGAAGAUGCGAGCCUUCUCGCUGGCUAUACGUUAGUACUACUAAGAUGUUUUCCGAGCCAUGGCGAUGACAUCAAAAUGCGUCUCUUCCAAGGCGACAUCUCUAUAGCCAGCCAAGCCAACCCCAUAUACACGCCUUCAGUUAAGUAUUUCUGGCAAGCAGCCUCAAGUACAAGCAUAUUCAAGACCAUCACGCAGCCUAGAACACAGCAGCAGCCCUCAACAAUCGUCACACUUCUCCACCCGGAUCAUAUACGUGAUAGAGAAUGGAGGACUAUAUUGCUAUUCCUAGAAUUAUACAACUUCCUUCUCCGAGUCACCGACGAUGAAGACUUCUUACCUCCGGAAAGCCAAAUACUAUCCCACCAGAGCCCUGCAACGUCGAGAAUACGUUCAAGUAGUCUCAGUCUAGACGAUUUGAAGCAGCUUAUCAAUUUUCUCAAGAAUUUGUCUUUCCCGUUGUAUUAUAACCUAGCAGAUAUCAUGCCGUCUGCUUCAAGACCGACCCGACUCAAUAGUCUCAUGGGGAUCGGUUCUGGGAAAUCCGGCACGCAAGAGGAAGAGCCUAAAGAUACCCAGUCAUCAUUUUCUGGUAUCAUUGGGAUGGAUGUCUUGAGCCUGAGAGCUGCAUCGACAACAACCAUGCGUUCAUUAUACGAAAGAGAUUCUCGCCGGUGCUUUCUUCCUACAGGCUUUUGGUUAAUGACCUCAAAAUUCGACAUGGACGGAUUCAUAUCAGCUGUCGUCUUGGAAGAGCAGCAAAAAGAACAAAUGAAUGAAGAUGGAGACGACUCGGACGACUCAGACGAGGAUGCACUUGAUACCUUUCAUACGUUUACAGGACAGCGCCUCUCACGAGCAGCACAAAUUGAGAAACGGCGUCGACUACGCAGGGUCCAGCGGGAGCAACUCCUAGCUCAAGUCGGACCCAAGCUCGAAAUUCUACGAAACAUGCCGUUUGUCAUCCCCUUCGAAGUUAGAGUUCAAAUAUUCCGUCAAUUCGUAUAUCUUGACAAGUCAAAGCGCAGAGGUGGUCAUGUAGAUCCUGACCGGUGGCGUUUAUCGGUAAUAUCAGGAGAGGGUGGGUUUAAUGGACUUUCUGCUUCUGCUAGAGGCAGAGACGUCCUCGGCCGCCAUUCCGCUAGGGUCAAGCGUGGGCAGGUGUUCGAUGACGCAUACGAGCAGUUCUACCCUCUCGGUGAUGGGUUGAAGGAACCCAUCCAGAUAACAUUUGUUGACCAGUUUAACCAGCCCGAAGCUGGUAUUGACGGUGGAGGUGUCACGAAGGAGUUCCUAAUGAGCGUCACUGACGAAGCCUUCAAUCCCAGCUCCGGUCGUGGCCUCUUCGUUACCAAUAGCCAGAAUCUACUAUACCCAAACCCAAGCAAAUUUGACAAUCAUGCCGAACUCCUUCGUAAUUAUGGAUAUACAGAAAAUGAUGCAAGGUGGAGGGAAGCCAUGAUCGAUCUCGCCAAACGUUAUGAAUUUCUUGGUCGGGUGGUGGGCAAAUGCAUGUAUGAAGGCAUUCUGAUCGACAAGGCUUUUGCUGGGUUUUUUCUCCUUAAGUGGUCAGCAUCAGGACAAGGUUCACUAAACGAUUACCGUGCCAACCUGAACGACUUACGAGACUUAGACCCGGAGCUAUAUCAAGGACUUAUCAGUCUCAAAAAUUAUUCCGGUAAGGUUGUAGACCUUGCACUAGACUUUACCAUCACGGAUCAAGUUACGACAGCGAAUGGUAACACCCUCACUAUUACGCGUCCGCUCUGCAAGAAUGGCGAGAACAUUCCUGUUACCAACAGAAACCGCCCUCUUUAUAUAUCCUACGUUGUAAACCACCGGCUCGUAGCGCAACCCUAUCGACAAACCAGGGCCUUCCUCAAAGGCCUUGGGUCUAUCAUCAACCCUGCGUGGUUGUCCAUGUUCAAUCAAUUAGAACUACAAAGACUUGUUGGUGGUGACAGCUCCGAGAUCGAUGUAGAGGACCUUCGACGUAAUACUCAAUAUUCUGGUCUCUAUGCUGUGGGUGACGAUGGCAUGGAACAUCCAACCGUACAAAUGUUCUGGCAGGUAAUGCGCGAGUUCCGGGAUCCCCAGCGACGCGAGGUUCUCAAGUAUGUCACAUCGACACCAAGAGCACCGUUGCUGGGUUUCUCGCAGCUAAGCCCCCAUUUUAGCAUCAGAGAUGGCGGCACUGAUGAGGAGAGAUUACCCAGUACGAGUACCUGUGUUAAUCUUCUAAAACUCCCGCGGUAUAGCUCAAAGGAGACGCUAAGAAGCAAGUUACUCUACGCCAUCCAAUCCGGGGCCGGUUUUGAUUUGAGCUAAUAGAAUACUGGAAAAAAUCACGAAGCCAACGGCGUUACGGCUCUUAACUAAGGUGGAAUAUUUGGUCACCACGUGCUUCGUAAAGAUAUUACCCAGAUGAAAUCAACUGUAUAGCUGAGUGCGAAAUGAAGUCACCUAAAAUGUAUAUGGCUAAGCUAGCUUUCGAGUAAUAGCACUUUCUAAAGAUUAUGACUUUGUUCUUGUAGGAUCUCAAGCUUCUUGGGAGAUGGUAUUCUAUUCUCUCUACAUAAGUCCAUCGAAACUGUGUCGAGCUGAUAAGUACUGCAGUUGUAUAUCAGCAUGUAGUGAUAAUAAAAUACUUCCACUAUCAAGUAUAAGGGUCACAGAAUAUUUGCCUCA